AUGGUCUUGCUUAAUUUCCCGCUAGUACUUGGAUUAAUAGCACACUUUGCUGUAGCAGUGGUGAUUAGGAAUUUGGAUACCGUCGUAAGCCAACCGUUCGAUUUCAUCGUCGUUGGAGGUGGCGCAGGAGGGAGUGUGAUAGCUAACCGGUUGACAGAGAAUCCCGAUGUAUCUGUCCUUCUUGUUGAGGCAGGAGGCUCAAACGAAGGAGUGCUCAAUGUUGCCGCUCCUGGAUUGGUUAACUUUCUCGUCAACAGCGCUUGGGAUUGGAACUUCACCUCCACACCUCAGAGCGCUUUGAACAAUCGAACCUUGACUGUUUCUCGAGGGUUCAUACUUGGAGGAACGACCUCUACUAACCAGAUGGUGUACACUAGAGGUUCCUCUGAAGAUUACGAUCUGUGGGCAAACAUAACGGACGACGCAGGAUGGUCAUGGGAUAGCUUGCAGAAAUACAUCCGGAAGAACGAACGAUUUACCCCGCCAGCAGAUCAUCACAACACCACUGGUCAAUUUGAUCCCAAUGUUCACAGUUUCGAUGGCAUCGUUUCAGUAAGCUUACAAGGAUUUCCGAACGAAAUCGACAAUCGAACGAUACAAACGACGUCUGAGAUGAACAAAGAAUUCCCAUUCAAUCUGGACAUGAAUUCUGGGUAUCAACUUGGGAUUGGUUGGGUGCAAGCUACAAUCGGCGACGGGACGCGAAGUAGUUCCGCUGCGUCAUAUCUGGGUCCUUCGUUCAUCUCCAGGCCGAACCUCCAUGUGCUACUUAAUACGCGUGUAUUACGCGUACUCGAAAAUGAGCCCCAACCAUCCGACUUUCGUACUGUUGAGUUCACACAAGAUAGUGGAGUCACGACGCAUACUAUUACCGCUUCCAAAGAAGUUAUCAUUUCAGCCGGAACUAUCAUGACUCCGCACAUCUUGAUGCACUCUGGAAUAGGCGACUCAGAAGAACUUCAUUCGUUGGGAAUACAAACAGUUCAUAAUUUACCUUCGGUAGGAAAGAACCUCACAGAGCAACCCAUCGUUAGAAAUAAAUGGCUAGUCAAUUCCACCCACACGUUGGAGACAAUCGCCCGAAAUGACACUCUCCUUGCGGAAGUGACGCGGGAGUGGCAGCAUCGUAGAAUGGGGCCUUUGGUCGAUCCUCCGCUGUCAUUUCUUGGUUGGCUUCGCCUUCCAGGUAAUUCGUCGAUCUUCCAACAAGUUCCGGAUCCUGCUGCUGGUCCAAAUACAUCACAUUAUGAGUUGAUAAUCACCAAUGGCGCGUUAGCGCAGCCUGCUCCUGCAACUGGUAACUUCUUAACCUUCAGCACAUCUGUUUCUUCUCCUACUUCCAGAGGAUCCAUCACAUUGAAUUCCAGCAAUCCACUUGAAUAUCCACUGAUCAAUUUUAAUCUAUUCAGUACGACUUUCGAUCGUUUCGUAGUUCGUGAGGCUUUUCGAAACACAAAGAAGUUCUUGGCCGCGCAUAGCUGGGAUAAUUACAUCUUGAGUCCACCCACCAAUGCAACUACAGAUGAAGAACUUGAUGAGUACAUCAACCAGAAUGCGGCGACUGAAAAUCACCCGGUUGGUACUGCGGCGAUGUCCUCGAAGAGUGCUGCAUAUGGUGUUGUUGACCCAAAUUUGCGAGUCAAAGGCCUCUCAGGACUACGAAUUGUCGAUGCAUCAGUAUUCCCCAGACUUCCAGCUGCUCAUACACAGGUUCCUGUCUACAUAGUCGCCGAGAGGGCUGCGGACUUAAUCAAGGACGCCUGGGGAAUAUCAAAAGAGGAUACGGCUUGA